AUGCUUAUCAAUCAUUUUUUCAAGUCCAACGAGUCCUUUAGCUAUGAAGCGCUUCGAGCUGCCGGCUAUAGCAACUAUGGUGGGGCAGACCUCGGCGAAGUGAUAGCUCUCUGUUCUAAAAUCAGGCCCGGGAACGAAGAUGACUGGCUUCGCGAAUGGCAAGGCGCUGCAGAACGGGCAUUGUCUAAUGCUGAGGUCUCGAAGUCCGUGCAGAACAAAGAAAGUGCCUACCAUGGAUACCUCCGUGCAUCGAAUUAUUUCCGCACCGCUGAGUUCUUCCGUCGAGAAAAUGUGGACGAAGACAAAAUCUCUCAGUCAUUGUAUGAAAGAUCAGAGACUGCUUUCGUCGAGGCGAUGGGGCUGUCUACGUUUUCCUACGAGUCGAUCAGCAUCCCCUACGAAGGCACAUCAUUACCAGGGUAUUUUGUUAGUCCUGACAGCUCCAAGAAACCACGACGGACAAUCAUCUUCAACGGCGGUUUUGACUCGACCAUGAGUGAAGGGUGGUUUGCGAUUGGAGCGGCGGCUAUAGCAAGAGGUUAUAACUUCCUUGCCUUCGACGGGCCUGGGCAGGGUGCGGCUAUCCGGCGACAGCACCUACACUUUCGGCCCGACUGGGAGAACGUUCUCACCCCUGUUGUCGACUAUGCUGUGAGUCGCAUGGACAUUGAUGCAGAUGCAAUAGUCAUCUUUGGCUGGAGCAUGGGUGGGUACCUAGUGGCGCGAGGAGCUACGCAGGAGCAUCGGGCCCGAGCCAUCAUCCUGGAUGACGGCGUGUACGAUUUUGGUUCUGCAUUUCGGGCCCAACAGCCGUCCUUUAUUCAAAAGCUUGUUGAACUCAGAUACGAUUCUAUUGUCAACCCAAUAUUCCACUGUGUUCAAUACCUCUCGACGGGGAUCCGGUGGGCUCUGCGCAACGGGAAGUGGACUUUUGGCGUGGCAUCCCCGGCAGAGCUGAGUCGUGCAGUCAACAGAUACACUUUGGAGGGGAUCAGUCAACAUAUUGCCACACCGUGUCUGAUACUCGACGCAGAAAAUGAUCAUUUCCUGAGAGGCCAGCCAGAGGAGCUUCGGAAAAAUCUGAGCUGUGAGCACAAAUUUGUCAGUCUACGAACAGACGAAGGGGGAGACGCACAUUGUCACCAAGGAUCCUUCUUUCGAUUGCAUCAAGUUGUUUUCGAUUUCCUAGAAUCGCAGCUUAGUCCAGCUAAAGGGCUGUGAUUAUUUGUAAAAAUGUGGUGUUUUAGUUUCGCUGCUUUUCUAUAUUAUACUCAAAUGUACCUUGGCCUUGGCCUGCCCUUAUCAAUCGCUCUAGUAAGACCUUAUGCGUCUGUAAUCACGGAACCCAAUGAUCGAAUUAGCGAAUGGUCACGCCCUAUUGGCUUCUAACACCCUUUCCGCAUUGGUGGAAUUAACUGGAGUAUGUUAUUCUGACGCUAAAUUGAUCAUUUCCUAGUCAGGAGGAGGCAUUCGGGCUAUUCGGGCCAUUCGGUGUUGGUAGUACCCCAGAAUAGGUCGGUUAGCAGAG